AUGAAUGAAAUUGAAGCUACGCUGUUACUGCUGCAGAACAAUGCCGACAGGACACGUCUCUGCGACGCCAGGAAGAGGCCUGAAGACUACUGUAUUGCUGAUGCUAUGAGGGAGGCUAUUGCAGGAUUCAAGGAGCCCGAUCCUUUGCCUCUGCGCAUACAAGAACAUCCGACAACUCCCACCCCGGCAAAGCG